AUGGCCGCGCACGGGAAGCUGCGGCGGGAGCGGGGGCUGCAGGCCGAGUAUGAGGCGCAAGUGAAAGAGAUGCGCUGGCAGCUGGGCGAGCAGCUGCGCUGCCUGGAGGUGCAGGGCGAGCUGCGGCGGGAGCUGCUGCAGGAGCUGGCCGAGUUCAUGCGGCGCCGCGCGGAGGUGGAGCUGGAGUACUCCCGGGGCCUGGACAAGCUGGCCGAGCGCUUCUGCAGCCGCGGCAGCCGCCUGGGGGGCAGUAGCCGGGAAUACCAGAGCUUCCGGAAGGAGCCGUCCCUCCUGUCACCCUUGCAUUGCUGGGCUGUGCUGCUGCAGCAGACGCGGCAGCAGAGCCGGGAGAGUGCGGCCCUCAGCGAGGUGCUGGCCGGGCCCCUGGCCCAGCGCCUUAGUCACAUUGCGGAGGAUGUGGGGCGCAUCGUCAAGAAGAGUAAGGAUCUGGAGCAACAGCUGCAGGAUGAGCUGCUGGAGGUGGUCUCAGAGCUGCAGACGGCCAGGAAGACGUACCAGGUGUACCAUACGGAGAGCAUGAAUGCCGAGGCCAAGCUCCGGGAAGCAGAGCGGCAGGAGGAGAAGCGGGCAGGCCGGAGCGCGCCACCCCCGACGGCGGCCGCCGACGCUGGGCCCCUCCGCAAGACCUCCCUCAAGAAGGCAGGGCGGCUGGUGGAGAAGGUGGGCCUGGAGCGGGCACCUCAGACGCCACAAACUUUCUCCUCUGUGAAAUGUCCCUGCUGGAUCCAAGCAGAGUUUCUGGUGCAUCCCCCAGGUCCCUUCGCUCUGGCUCCCACCUCCCCUCAGCGUCAGGCCAAGUUCUUAGAACACAAACUCAAGUGCACGAAGGCACGCAACGAGUACCUGCUCAGCCUGGCCAGCGUCAAUGCCGCCGUCAGCAACUACUACCUGCACGACGUCUUGGACCUCAUGGAUUGCUGUGACACAGGGUUCCACCUGGCCCUGGGGCAGGUGCUCCGGAGCUACACAGCCGCAGAGAGCCGCACCCAAGCCUCCCAGAUGCAGGGCCUGGGCAGCCUGGAAGAGGCUGUGGAGGCCCUGGAUCCUCCAGGGGACAAGGCCAAGGUGCUCGAGGUGCACGCAACUGCCUUCUGUCCCCCGCUGCGUUUUGACUACCAGCCCCAUGAGGGGGAUGAGGUGGCUGAGGUCCGGGUGGAGAUGGAGCUACGGGAUGAGGUUCUGCCCAGAGCUCAGAAUAUCCAGAGCCGCCUGGACCGACAGACCAUUGAGACAGAGGAGGUGAACAAGACACUGAAGGCGACAUUGCAGGCCCUGCUGGAGGUGGUGGCAUCGGAUGAUGGGGAUAUACUUGACUCCUUCCAGACCAGCCCCUCCACCGACUCGCUCAAGUCCACCAGCUCGGACCCAGGCGCCCGGCAGGCAGGCCGGAGGCGGGGCCAGCAGCAGGAGACCGAGACCUUCUACAUCACGAAGCUCCAGGAGUAUCUGAGUGGACGGAGCAUCCUUGCCAAGCUGCAGGCCAAGCUCGAGAAGCUGCAGGAGGCCAUACAACGAGGUGACAAGGAGGAGCGGGAGAUGUCUUGGACCCAGUACACACAGAGAAAAGUCCAGAAGAGCCGCCAGCCCCGCCCCAGCUCCCAGUAUAACCAGAGGCUCUUUGGGGGAGACAUGGACAAGUUUAUCCAGAGCUCAGGCCAGCCCGUGCCCCUGGUGGUGGAGAGCUGCAUUCGCUUCAUUAACCUCCAGGGCCUACAGCACGAGGGCAUCUUCCGGGUAUCGGGUGCCCAGCCCCGGGUCUCAGAGAUCCGCGAAGCCUUCGAGAGAGGGGAGGAUCCCCUGGUGGAAGGCUGCAGUGCCUGUGACCUGGACUCGGUGGCUGGGGUGCUGAAGCUCUACUUCAGGAGCCUGGAGCCCCCGCUCUUCCCCCCCGACCUGUUUGGCGAGCUGCUGGCUUCUGCAGAGCUGGAGGCUGUGGCAGAGCGGGUGGAGCAUGUGAGCCGCCUGCUGGCCCGGCUGCCCGGAUCGGUGCUGGUGGUCCUGCGCUACCUUUUCGCCUUCCUCAACCACCUGGCCCAGUACAGUGAUGAGAACAUGAUGGAUCCCUACAACCUGGCUGUGUGCUUCGGGCCGACCCUGCUGCCUGUGCCCGCUGGGCAGGACCCGGUGGCCUUGCAGGGCCGAGUGAACCAGCUGGUGCAGACGCUCAUCCUGCAUCCUGCGCAGGUUUUCCCGCCCCUGACCGUGCUGCCAGGCCCCAUCUAUGAGAAGUGCAUGGCACCGCCUUCCGCCAGCUGCCUGGGGGACGCCCAUCUGGAGAGCCUAGUGGGGGAGAACGAACCGGAGCUGGAAGCUGGGACCCCGGCCCAGGAGGAUGACCUGGAGGGGGUCACAGAGGCCGUGGCCUGCUUUGCCUACACGGGCCGCACGGCCCAGGAGCUGACGUUCCAGCGUGGGGACGUGCUGCGGCUGCACGAGCGGGCCUCCAGCGACUGGUGGCGAGGGGAGCACGCCGGCGUGCGGGGACUCAUUCCCCACAAGUACAUCACGCUGCCUGCAGGGGCAGAGAAGCAGGAGGCUGGCCCAGGGCUGCAGGCUGCAGGGGAGCUGUUGAGCCGUGCAGAGGGCCUCCCGGCCUUGGAGCUUUCCCAUCGGCCAGAGCCGUGCACCCCACCUGAGGCCAUGGGCCCCCUGGGACACAGACAACCCUGCCUGGUCCCAAGUUCCCUGGAGCGACAUGUGGAGGUGGAUAAGGUCGUGGCACAGAACAUGGACUCUGUGUUCAAGGAGCUCUUGGGAAAGACCGUUGUCCGCCAGGGCCUUGGGCCAGCGUCUACCACCUCCCCCAGCGCCGGGCCCCGCAGCCCGAAGCCUCCGGCCUGCAGCCGCCUCGGCAGAAACAAAGGCUUCUUCCGUGGUCCUGGGACCCCAGCCUCACCCUCAGCGUCCCAUCCCCAGGGUCUGGACUAG